GCUCCGGUGACUGUGAAUGCGACAGAGAGUCCCUUUCCCUCCAUCCUUUCCUCUCUCUCUCUCUCUCUCUCCCCCUCGUAUUUGAGUUGACUAUUUAGUCUCCGGCGGUUAGGAGCCAUUAAUACUCCUCCUCUUCAUCUUCUUCUUCUUCUUCUCCCAUCUUCCGCCUCCAUUCAAUAUAUCGCCGCCACCGCCACCACCACCGCCACCUCUUCCGCUGUCAGCCCAGUCUUUAUUUCUUUCCUCAAAAUAUCCUAUCCUCUUUAUAUGGGAAAUCAGUCAUAUUGCAGCUCCUCUUGAUUCUCCUCCUACCUUAUGCCCGUGAUUGCCUAGACACCCAUUCACUGUCUGCAUGGUCAUCCCUCUGUCCGUGCUGUAAUGUUAUCGUAAGUUGUCUCCUUGGCUUCCAUUUCAGUCAAUUCUUUCUGUGGGGGAAAUUGGGUAAGCUGUGGCAGAGAGGAAACAGAGCUGCUGCAGCAGAAUCAGAGCUCGGCCUUGAUUGAUUGGAGGUUCUGGGUUAAGGGGACUCAGCGCUGAGGUCUUUGGGGUUGUUGAGAUUUCUUUCUCUUGACAUACUGCAAAUCACUCAAGGCAGGCGAAAUCUUUGAUUAGUAGAGACGUGCUUGUGUUGCCUUCUUGAUAUUGUCGACGGGUUGCAGAGAGGAUUACUGACUGCGGAGACAUUGGCAUACCCUUUUCUGUGUUUAUGGGGGUUGCCAGAAGACGAUGAAAUGCCCAAGAAGGUGAUGAGAUGAUGAGCGCGACAGCCAUGGAGGGAAGUAGAAGGGGAAGUUUUCUUGCUUGGGGCAGUUCAGCAAUCUUGUUCUUGGUAUUGUUCUUGAUGCAGUGCGCCGCAGCACAGCAGCAGCUCUCGAGCACCGACCGUGCUGCAUUGCUCGAUCUCCGGUCCUCCCUGGGCCUCCAGGCCCGGGACUGGCCGAUAAAGGGCGACCCAUGCACGAACUGGACUGGCAUAACGUGCAGGGACGGGCGAGUCACUGGAAUAAACAUCUCAGGCUUCAAGCGGACCCGACUCGGGCGGCGCAGCCCGCAGUUUGCAGUCGAUGCCCUUGGCAAUUUUACCCAUUUGUCUUCAUUCAAUGCCUCGGGGUUCCUGCUCCCUGGUUCAAUACCUGACUGGCUUGGGUCCCGGGUCAGUUCUCUCCACAGCCUGGACCUCCGGUCCUGUUCCAUAAGCGGGGCUGUCCCGGGCUCGCUCGGGAGCUUGAGUGGGCUUAAGUUUCUGUAUCUAUCUGAUAAUAGUCUCACUGGCAGAAUUGAUUCUAAUUUAGGGGAGUUGAGAGAGUUGUCCGUUCUUAAUCUCUCGGGGAAUCUAUUGACUGGGUUAAUACCGGAUGAAUUUUCGAAGCUGGGCAAUCUCACAAGCCUUGAUCUUUCCUCGAACUUGAUAUCAGGCGCAAUACCUCCAAGUUUAGGAUCAAUUUCAGGGCUUCAAGUAUUGAAUCUUUCAGAUAAUAGCCUUACCUCUUCGGUCCCGGUUCAGUUGAGUAAUUUAUCUCGGUUAACUGUUCUUGAUCUCAGCACAAAUUCAAUAUCCGGGUCAUUGCCGGCGAAAUUAAGUGUCUUGACGAGUCUGCAGGAACUGAGGAUUGGGAAUAAUGACUUAGCCGGUCAAUUUCCAGAAAAUCUACUUUCAGCGUUUGCUCAGUUGAAAUUUCUUGAUGUGUCGGGAAAUAAUUUCACGGGUGAGUUCCCAAGAAUUAGCUCAAGGUGGGGUGUCAAUGCUACAGAUAAUGCAGUCUUCAACUUCUCGAAUAACAUGUUCUAUGGGACUCUGAACUUGUCAUCCCUCGAGUUCUUAGGUUCGGUCGACUUGUCAGGGAAUUAUUUUCAGGGCAAUGUGUCCAACAAUGGUAUGAGCAACAAUGUCAGACUUGAGAAGAACUGCCUUCAGAUUGUUCGGAAACAGAGGAGCUUAUCGGAUUGUCGAGAGUUCUAUUCCCAACGAGGGUUGUUUUUUGAUGACUUCGGAGUUCCACAGCCAACCGUGCCCCCAUUGCCCAACGAACCUGCCUCAAAGAAGAGCAGGAGACCUUGGGUCUACAUUUUGAUUGGGAUAGGUAGUGGGCUCGGUUUUAUUAUGUUGCUGCUAGUGCUUAUUGUAUUUCUUCUUAGAAGGUUGAGGAGAGCAAGGUCUGGGCAGAGAGGGAGGAGCCUUGAUGUGGGUCCUGUUCCCGAAGGAGAUGGCUCAACAGUCCCUAAGGAGCCAUUUACCUUAUCAGGAUUUGGGGAUUCCUUCUCAUACGAUCAAAUGGUUCACGCGACUUGCAAUUUUAACAAGUCAAAUCUCAUAAAAAAUGGGCACUCUGGAGACCUCUACCUUGGACUCUUAGAUGGUCGGGCUCCUGUUGUGAUCAAAAGGAUAACAGGCGCCGGUGCAGGUCCACAUGCGGAUAAGAGGGAAUCAUAUGCUGCGGAGCUGGAGUUUUUCAGGAGCGCCUCGCACUCGAGAUUGGUUCCGCUACUGGGGCACUGCUUGGAACAGGAGGGGGAGAAGUUUUUGGUCUACAAGUAUAUGCCCAAUGGGGACUUGGCAAGUUCCUUUUACAGAGCCACCGCGUCCGAGGAUGAGAGCUUUCAGUCGCUCGAUUGGAUAACUCGCUUGAAGAUUGCAAUUGGAGCUGCGGAAGGACUUUCCUACUUGCAUCACGAGUGCUCCCCUCCUCUUGUGCAUAGGGAUGUUCAAGCGAGCAGCAUCCUUCUUGAUGAUAAGUUUGAAGUUCGACUCGGGAGCUUGAGUGAGGUUCACGCCCAGGAGGGUGACCAGCACCAUAAUGCCAUCACGAGACUGUUGCGCAAACCUCAGACAUCUGAACAAGGACCUUCUGCAGGGCCGUCAACAGCUACUUGCACCUACGAUGUGUUCUGCUUUGGGAAGGUUCUGCUCGAGCUUGUGACUGGAAAGAUUGGAAUCGGUCAAUCAGAUGAUGCCGCAUUGAGGGAGUGGCUUGAGCAAACCCUUCCAUUUAUCAGCGCAUACGAUAAGGAGCUUGUGACGAAGAUCAUAGACCCUUCCCUGAUUGUGGACGAGGACCUGCUGGAAGAAGUCUGGGCAAUGGCGAUCGUGGCCCGGUCAUGCCUUAACCCGAAGCCUGUGAAACGACCACCAAUGAAAUACAUCCUCAGAGCGCUUGAGAACCCUCUGAAAGUCGUGAGGGAAGAAAACUAUCCCGGGUCGUCCUCAAGGCUAAGGAAUAAUUCCUCGAGGCGGUCGUGGAGCGCCGCAAUUUUCGGGAGUUGGCGGCACAGUUUAUCAGAGAGCGCUCCCAUGCCAGGUUAUUUAAAUAAUGGCUCGAGACAGUCGGGUAGAAUGGGGUCUCAGAGUAGCGGAGGGAAUGACUUCUCGUCCUCCAACAAGAGGUCAUCAAAUGAGAUAUUUCCCGAGCCAAUCACAGUCACGGACGUGGAAAGAGCAGAUGGGCAUUGAGAAUAUUUGGUGAGGGGAAAUGUGUCCGAGCAGGAAGCUCGAUUGUAGACGAGGUGAUAGUCCACGGAUUACCCACCCGAGAUUGUGUGAAGAGGUUAGUAAGGAUACUACUGUAAAGAAGAGAUAGGUAGGAGUAGAACCUGCAAUUCAGGCAUUCCCCCCAUUUUCGUGAAGGUUUUGCUGUCACGAGAGAGCAUGUUGUUGUCCUCAUAGAUGAUCCCCACAUUAAAAUCUCUCAAUUGUGAAUGAUUGGAGUGUAAUUCUUUCUCCUUUCUGGUGCUAUAUAAUAUCAUUCAUAGUUCAGUUUAGAGAA